AUGCAUGGGUUAUCCAUCAUACAAAAUUCGCCAGUAGAUUCUAUCAUUUCAACUACAAGAAACGAAAGUGACUUAUUAGAAACUUUCAAACUAUUCGAUUCUACAAACAAUACUCUCAAAACAAUACCAUACGCAUCAGCUAGCUUGGGAAUUAAUGGAAUAUUCAUUGGUGGUUUCAUCAUUUAUUUAGUUUUCUUCUUAUUAUUUGUAUUGAUUGUAAAAUUUCAAAAUUAUACUUCUUGUCAAUCGGAUAAUGAAGAUCAAAGUGAAGGACCACCAAGUCACAUGAAGAAUUCUGCUAGAAAUCAUGACCAAUCUCAGCCAACUACACCUUCGAAUAUGUUUCCAUCAGUUUCGCCAUCUACUCCUAAAGGAAAUUCGAAACCUCAUCAAAAGCAAAAAAUGAAUAGAAAUCAGAAAAUCAUGCUCUUGAUGGUUUGCUUUCUUGUUUUCAUUCAAUUAAUUGCACUUUGCACAAGAAUAGUCGCAGAUUCGUUAGCUAUAGUUCUAAGAACAGAAUUUUAUUCCAUUUAUGGAAAGAUAAUUGAAGGAUUUAAUGUUGAUGAUGCAAUCAUAGAUAAUUUCUAUAGAAAAUUGACAAUAUUUCAUAUCUUUGUUUCUGCAGAUUUUGGAUUUACAAAAGGAAAUUUUAUUACCGUUUUGGUAAUUUUGAAUUUUAUCCAACAAGUUUUGUGA